GUUUUAAUUUCUUCAUUUCUUGGGUUACCCUGGAUGUGUUUGGCCGCUGUUGAGACGUCUGUCCACUUGGACAGUUUGAAAGUUUGGAGCAGUUUCGAUGCACCGGGAGUUAAAAGUCACGUGGUUAAAAUACGAGAACAAAGAUUAACGUUGUUUUUUACCGGAAUUUUAGUUGGUUUAUCAGUUUUCCUAAACUCUUAUUUAAACAACAUUCCUGAAGCAGUAUUUUCUGGUAUGGUUUUAUACAUGGGUGUCGUUGCAUUAUUUGGAGUUCAAAUGAUUGAAAGGUUUUUCCUCAUGUUUAUGGCGCCAGGGCAGCAUCCAGAUAUACCUUACUUAAAAAAUGUGCCAUUGCAUAAAGUGUACAUGUUCACCAUCAUUCAAUUCUUCUGUGUCACCGCAUUAUGGAUAGUGAAAAGCUUCAAUGUUACUUCACCAAUGUUUCCUCUUGUUGUUUUACUCAUGAUUCCCCUUCGAGGUCUUUUGGGAAGAUUAUUCACCUUUGAAGAGAUAUCUCAGCUUGACAACAAAGACGAGGAAGAUGGACAUGGAUCACUUGAUUGAUUGAACGCCUUUGCUGACAGUAUGUGCAUGCGGGUGCAAUUAAAAUUCUAAGAAACUAAUAAAAAACUAAUAGAAGCUAAAUAACUGGAAUGAAGAGGAUGAAUCGGUAAAAUUAUGAUCGGUGAAAUUUGUUAAUCAUUUUAUUGUAAAUAUUUAUUUCUCCCGAUUUAAAUA